UGCAACAACUCCCCGGAGCUAUGCUCGCGGGCGUACAACAACGUGACGCACAUGGGCGCCCACGACAGCUCGUUCCUGCGAGACGCUAGCACCGGUAAUAGUAUCGCCGGGAACCAGUACUUCAACGCCACGGUGGCGCUGUCGGCGGGAAUCCGGCUGCUGCAGGCGCAGGUGCACGACUCGGGCGGCGCGCUCGAGCUCUGCCACACGUCAUGCGGCAUCCUCGACGCCGGCACGCUCGAGGCGUGGCUGGCCAAGAUCAAGUUCUGGAUGGACGGGCACCCCAACGAGGUCGUGACGCUGCUGCUGGUCAACUCGGACAACAAGAACGCGUCCGACUUUGGCGCCGCUUUCGAGGCCUCGGGCAUCUCCAAGUACGGCUACGCGCCACCGACAUCAAACGCCGCCACGGCGGACUGGCCGACGCUGCAAGAACUCAUUAACGCCAACACGCGGCUGGUGACGUUCGUGGCCUCAGUAACGCUGUCGCCGAGCUACCCGUACCUGCUAGACGAGUUCACGUACGUCUUCGAGACGCCGUACGACGUGCGGAGCCUGGACGACUUCACGUGCAGUCUGGACCGACCAUCAUCGCAGAGUUCGGCGGCGAGCGCCAUCGCGGCCCAGAUGAUGCCGCUAAUGAACCACUUCGCCUACACGAGCAUCUCGGCCGACAUCGAGAUCCCCAACGCCGGGGCCAUCGACACCACCAACAACCCGUCGGUCACGGCCGUCGGCGCCCUCGGCACCCACGCAGAGAACUGCACGUCACAGUGGGCCAGCAAGAAGCCCGUGUUUGUCCUCGUCGACUUCUUCGACCGCGGCCCGGCCAUUGACACUGCUGACAAGCUGAACGGCAUCAAGGCCACGGGCCGCGAGACCCCGACGUCCUCGUCCACGUCGGGCUCCAUC